AUGUUGUUCCCGGUGAGCUUCGCCCACAAUAAGAACAUUCGUUUAGUAUGUUUACCUGUUCUAUUCUUUUUUGGACUGUUUAAUGAAAAUGAUCCAAUUGCUAAAGGUCUUAGUGAACGUUUGCGAAAUAAUACAUUUUCCAAUAUUGGUACAACAUGUAUGGACGAAAAUAAUCAAACUGAAGUAUAUAAAUGUAGUCGUGGCCAACCAGAUUUUUACAAACAACCUGAUUUUAAUGAUUAUAAUUUACAUGCACGAUGUUCCGAAUGUUUCUCAAAAAUGUUACAGAUCUGUCCACCAGAUUCGUUUGGUCAUCCACCAACUCGUAAAACUCAAUCCUCUGUUGUACUAUAUGACUUAGAUCAAUUUCCAUUAGAUGACUAUCUUAUUAAAAGUCAUCAAUAUUUUACAGAUUCUCGAUAUGGUGGCUUAACAUUUGGUGAUAAUAUUGAAGAUGAUUUUCCGAACACAAGUCAUGCACGUGUAUGGUUUAGUAAUAAAGGUUAUCAUGCAUUACCAGCAUAUUUAAAUGUAAUGAAUAAUUUAAUUUUACGUUCAAAAUUAUCGGAUAUAUCGGAUGUAUCUAAAUUUGGUAUAUCCAUGUAUAAUCAUCCGUUGACAUUGAAUAGUGAAUUAUUAUCUCAACAAUCAUUAGAACAACGUAUAUCUGAUUUUGGAGUUGCAUUAACGGUUCUUUGUGCUUAUGCAUUUGUACCAGCUGCUGUCAUUUUAUAUCUUGUUAAAGAAAACGUCACACAAGAAAAACGUCUAAUAUUUGUGUGUGGUGUUAAACCAUUUGUCUAUUGGUUAUCAGCCUUUCUUUGGGAUUUACUCUAUUAUUUAUUAUUAAUUGCUUUAACAAUGAUUAUAAUUAAAAUAUUUAAUAUAUCAGCAUUUAAUUCACGAUCAUUAACAACAAGUGCUAUUGCUUGUUUACUAUUUUUAUUUGGAUGGGCAUCAAUUCCACUGACGUAUUGUUUAGUACGUUUAUUUAAAGAUACAGGCACAGCCUUCAUGGCUGUCUUCUGUAUUUGGUUAUUUUCUGGUUUAAUAACGUGUAUCGCUGAUUUAAUGUUGACAUUAUAUGCGUGGGCACCUGGAGUAACCAAAGUUCAAAAUAUAUUAUCACGAUGUUUUUUGAUUAUACCGCCGUAUUGUCUUGGCUCUGGUUUAGUUCAUAUAAUGAAAAAUGAAAUAGCGGCUGAUUUUGCACUAACUCUCGAUUUAGACAUGUAUACCAAUCCAUUUUCUUUAUCAUUAAUUGGAGAUCGUUUGUUAGCAAUGGGAGUAGUUGGUUGUGUAGCACUAUUGGUCACUUAUUUACUCGAUGUUGAUAUACACUUGCCAAAUAUUUAUAAAAUACCACCAGCUGAUACAGUUGAAGAUAAAGAUGUAACAAACGAACGAAAUCGUAUACUACAUCGAGAUGACACAUUUACCGACAUAUUUCGCGUUAAAAAUUUGACAAAAUUCUAUCGACGUGCCACUGGUCAAGCUGUUUUAGCUGUGGAUAAUUUGUGCUUUGGAAUACAAACGGGACAAUGUUUUGGACUACUGGGGAUCAAUGGAGCAGGAAAAACGACAACGUUUAAAAUGAUAACCGGAGACGUUUAUCCAACAAGUGGUGAUUGUUGUUUACAUGAAAAACAAAUUCGUGACUAUGCUCGAGAAAACCCCGGCAGUAUUGGUUAUUGUCCGCAAUUUGAUGCUGUAGACGGAUAUUUAACAAGUCGUGAAGCAUUAAUGUGUUAUGCAAAAUUAAUUGGCAUUAUCAAUCGUGAACAAACUGUUAAUUUAACAUUGAGAAAAUUUCAUUUGGAUACUUUUGCAAAUCAGACAAUACGUACAUAUAGUGGUGGAAUGCGAAGAAAAUUAUCGGUGGCAUUAGCAAUGCUUGGUCAACCAACCUUGAUUUUAUUGGAUGAACCAACAAAUGGAAUGGAUCCUGGGAAUAGGCGAGUAGUAUGGAACAAUAUUAUAGCGGCUAAGAAAGAAGACAAGGCUAUUUUGUUAACAUCACAUUCGAUGAAUGAGUGCGAUAUUUUAUGCUCAAACUUAGCAAUUAUGGUUAAUGGUCAGUUUAAAUGUUUGGGUUCACCACAACAUCUUAAACAUAGAUUUGGUACAGGAUAUUAUUUGAAAUUACGAUUGAACGAUGUAUCUUAUAUUCCGAUUGCUUCAAAUAUAUUAAAUCAAUAUUUACCAGACUCAAUAAUGACAGAACAUCAUGGUAUAAAAUUAGAAUAUAAUAUUCCUAAGACGAAUACAUUAUCAAAAAUAUUCGGUUUUAUUGAAUCAAAUAAGGAACUGAUGGGUGUAAUUGAUUAUUCUCUUUCACAAACAACACUUGAACAUGUAUUUCUUCGUUUUGCAAGUAAGCAGCGUGAUAAUUCUAUAAUUAAUCUUGACGAUGUAAUCGUUGAUAAUAAUGACAUAUCAAUUAAUGAUUCAUCCUCUACGACAUCCUCAUCAGUUUCUUAUGCUCAUAAUAAUAAUGCAUUUAUUGACGACAAGUUCGAUAGUAGAAAAAAAGCAUCUCGCUGCUCGUUAUCAUCCAUCAAAACGCGAUCUGAUCUACAAUUAUCACCAUUACCUCAGGAGCAAGAAACGCUAACUAACGAAAAACAAACUCGUCGUAUUAAACGUACAAAUUCGUUAAAUCCUCUACCAUCCGCAUCAUCGAAUGAUUUUUUCAAUGAAUUACCGGUUGUCGUUAAUAAACAUCAUACAAAUGAAAUUGAUUUAUCUGUAGAUGGUGAUCAUCAUUCAUUAUCACAAUCCAUAUCGAGACAUACAUCUUCGUUAUCAGAACAAUCUGUACAACCAGCAAAAGAAAAUGGUUUUAGUAUUUAA